AUGGCCGAGCUAGUCGGCACAAUAGCAAGCGCCAUAACCUUCGCUGCCCUUGUCGCCCAUGUGGGAAAAUCGAUAGUAACGCUGAAAGAAUGCUGGCACGACAUCCACAACGCUCCCGAGAAUCUACGCGCCCUUGUGAGAGACAUCGAGCUAUUCAGUCUAAUAUUGGACGAAAUCGAGACCGACCUCCAGCAGCAGUCUCUUGUUUCGGCGCUGGGCAAUAGCAAGCAUGCCGCACAGAGCUAUCGGUUUUGUAAGGAGGCGGCGGAGGACUUGGAUGCGCUGUGCCAAGAGCUAUUGGAAGACUUGAGGCCGGGCGGCAAUCGUAGCGCGGGAGGGAUGUUUAAGAAAGGGAAGGUUGAGAGGCUUGUGGAGAGAUUGCAGAAAGUUAUGCGGCUGCUUUUGUUGUCUCAGCAGUGUUAUACCAGGGCUCUGAUUCAGGUUCAACCUGAACUGAUUGCACAGAGGAUUGCGCAGGAUAUGAAGCCAACGGUCACACAGAUAGAGUGGUCUGAGUUGAGCUAUACGCCUGUGGCUUAUGCAGAGAGAAAAGAGCCCCGCUGUUUAGAACCAGUCUCAACAUUGCCAAAUAAGUCAAUCAAAGCUCAGAGAAGCAGUUAUCUGUGGCGUCUCAGUCUCCCAUCUUGGAUUACUGCCCAAACGUUUGAGCUAGCUGGCACGCAAGCGCGUGAUGGUUGGAAAUGGGAUUUCCGUAGUUACAAUGAAAUUCGCGAGGACUCAAAAACAGUGCAAUGUGUCGAAACCGGCGAUCUCAAAGGGCUACAAAAAUUGUUUGCUUCAAGGCAGGCUUCGCCUUUUGAUCGUGUCAAUACUACGGGUUACACUCUGCUAUUUUAUGCACACUCCGCGAACCGGGCAGAGAUCAUUAAAUUUCUUUUACAAGAAGGAACAGAUCCUGGUCUUCAGGGACAAGGCAAAGUUGAGUUCAACACAGCCCUCCGGCAUUUAGUAUGGACAGGCAACAUGUUCAGUCGUGAAAGUCGACAUUUACUCCCAUCAAUGCGUCUCCUCUGUCCCUCGGAAGAAAUGAUAUAUGAGACACCGGAAGAGGUCCUGGGUGGUAUUCUCUCGGAUUUCCAUGGCUCUGCAGAAGAGUUCCUCUUCUUUCAGCGCCAGUUCUGUCCAACCUUCUAUGAUAUGCCCCAGUGGGUUCGAAUCGCAGUGGCAGCCCGAGCGACAUCGGGUAUCUGGGAUGCGAAUCAUAUGCCUGAGCUUGUUCGAACUAUCCUUGGCGCAAAACCAUGGAAGCCCGAGAACCUACAAUUAAAGACCUCUUGGCGGUGGUGGACAGAGAUGACCCUGGUGCAUUGUAUUGCGAUGAGAAUUGGAGGAAGUCGAGCCGCGCUGGAAAAGCUCCAACGAAUGCGGAGAGCAUCAACACUUAAAGGCGGGAGGGGUGGUACCCUUGAAUUUGAGAAGGAAUACCAAGAAGCACUAAGCCUCUACGAGGCUUGGAAUGCUUUAUUCCGCGAUCUCUUGCUUGCGGGUGUGGAUCUACACCAUGUUGUCGGUGGAAUGACACCGUUCCUCGCCUUUUUAGGGGGGUUUAUCUACUGGUGGGAUUUUAAUGGAUGUGCUAUGGGAGGAUGGGAUAUUGCACUUCAAGCUUGGGUGACAGACAUUCAGACCGGGGGUGUUGAUCUACAGAAGUUUGGACAAAUGGAGGAUCAACUAUGGAAGAAGGGUUUGACCGAACGCGAUGUGUUCUGGAGAAGAAAUUGGGGGUGGCAGCGUGUCAUUGGGUUCUCUCAUAGUCAAUAUCCACAGGAUUGGACAUUGUGGCUGUCGGAACGAUCUGACGAUUAUUCUGGGGAAUUCUGGGAGAUGGUGGAGCAGCCAGUCACUAUGAUUCCAGGCGCUUGGCCGGAUACAUAG